AUGGCCGUCCCGCGGCACGAGGACUGCUCCCUGCCCAACCGAGCCUGUACCAAGGGCAAAGCCAAGGGCUGUGGUGCUCACAAAUCAGAUGCCUCCGCCGACAGGGCCGAGGGGCCGGAGACCGACCCACGGCUGCGUCCCACCCGCGACCCCCGGCGCAGACGGCAGCCACCGUUACGUGCAGCCCCCGAGCUGGAGUGCAAGAUCUGCUACAGCCGUUACGAUGCCCGCGCCCGCAGACCCAAACUGCUCCGCUGCGGCCACCGUGUCUGCACCAAGUGCCUGCGCAAGAUGGUGGUUCUGGGGAACACGUCUCCCCAUCAGCUCCGCUGCCCCUUCUGCCGCCAGCACAGCCCGGUGCCCGGUGGGGACGUUCAACAGCUUCAGGACGACGGCGAGGUGCUGUCACUGCUGACAGGCUGUGAGCCGGCCAAGAAGCAGGGUCCGCCCCGGUCCCCCGAGGUCCUCCUCUGCCCCAGUGUACUGGACCCCACGGCCGGCCCUGACUGCCUGGUGGUCACCAUCCUGGAGGUGCCGGAGGACGUGGUUCCGCCAGAGGGUCUGGGUGGGCUGGAGGUGGUGCGGUUGUACCGCCCCGCCAGCCUGGGCGUGCUGCCCUGCCAUGGCCCCGGGCAGAAGUGCCGCUCCUGGGGAUGGCGAGCUGUUCCUCGGUUCAUCCUGGGUGUCCUCUGCCUCCUCUACUUCAGCUCCCUGCCCUUUGGCAUCUACCUCCUGCUCAUCGAGCACCACAGCCUGGGCAUUGUCCUGGUCAGCCUCGUGCCCUCCACCCUCCUCCUCUGCAUCAUCUACAGCCUCUGCCAGUGUCUGUGCCGGGAGGUCUUUGGGUUCCCCCACUCCUGA